UCGACUUAGUUAACUGAACUUCUCUUUCUCUAUCUCUCUAUCUUUUUCUCUUUCUGGUUUGCUGCUCCCUUUUCCUCAUUUCCAUCUCCAUUUCCAUAAAGGAGAUUCGCUCUCGUCUCUUCCAGCAUAUUACUUGCAAUUUGUUUCCCCAAUUCCACUCCCGCUUCAAAAUAUCUGAUCCCUUCUUCAAGGUCAGUUGAGUUGAGUUGAGUUGAGUUGAGUUCAGUUUCUGGCCAGACAGACAAACAAACACCUCCUCAGGAUCCAUUGUCGCUUGGCUUCUUCUCACAAGUUCCAACCAAUUCUGCAAGAGGAUCACCGUACCUUCUUCUCCUUCAAUUUUCUCGAUUAACUGAACCGACUCCAUAUCCCAUCCAUGUCUCUCUCCCGUUGUCCCUGAAUACUGCACACUGCGCUCAAAUUCUAACUAUAUAUUUACAUCUAUCGUUCUUCUCAUAUCACAUACGGGGUUUUUGCUUGUUAUGGCAUGGAGGAGGAGGAAUGGUAAGCGCUGAUAUAUCAUGGAAGAUGGUGGCUUCUCACCGGACACCAUGCUGGCUGCAACCAUUGAUUUCAACCUCAUGGAUGAACUCCUUUUCGACGGCUUCUGGCUAGAGACGAGUCAAGAUCAAUCCAACAACUUUUGGCACCCUUUUCCCUCUGCUGCAACCUGUCAAAGUUCAUCUCCUUCCCCCUUUUGCUUUCCAGAGGCUGAUCAUAACCAUCAUCACCAUCAUAAUACAAACUGCUCAAGUCCAAACUCGUGUAGCUUGAAAGAAACAGAAGAAUUGAACUCACGUCAACAUUUAGUGAUGAAUGAAUUUCCAGGUCAUGGAACCUCCACCACCACCUCCUCCUCGUCCUCGGUUCCCCCAAACAGCUUUGUGGGCCAUCAGGACAACAAGGCGAACGCGAGGUUGUGGAUCGGGCCAGACAGAAAUCCUACCAGUAGUACCAAUGCCCUCUCGGUGAAGAAGAAGUUAGUGCAGGCUAUCAGCCGUCUGAAGGACUCUAUCGGGGACAAAGAUGUCCUGGUUCAGAUAUGGGUUCCCGUGAAGAGAGGAGGCAGGCAGGUUCUUACAACUAACAACCAGCCCUUCUCCCUCAAUCCAAACUGUAAGAACCUUGUAGACUACAGGGCUGUUUCUCGCAACUUUCAGUUUGCAGCAGAUGAGGAGUCCAAGGAGUUCACUGGUUUACCGGGUCGUGUUUUUCAAAACAAGCUGCCUGAAUGGACUCCUGAUGUUCGGUUUUUCCGAAGAGAGGAGUACCCACGAGUGAAUCACGCCCAGCAGUACGACGUCAGAGGAUCGGUUGCCCUUCCAGUAUUUGAACAGGGAAGUGGAAAUUGCUUGGGGGUGGUUGAAAUCGUGACAACUAGUCAGCAGGUCAACUAUCGUCCUGAGCUUGAAACUGUAUGCAAAGCUCUACAGGAAGUUGACUUGAAGAGUUUCGAUGAUAUUCGGAGUGCUCACAGUACACAGGAUGCAGCAGAUGGAUCUUACCAAGCUGCCCUGACAGAGAUCAGAAAUGUAUUGAAGUGUGUGUGCGAAGCUCAUGAGCUGCCAUUGGCACAGACAUGGAGUCCGUGCUCUCAGAAAGGGAAAGGCGGUUGCCGCCACUCAGAUGAGAAUUACGAACGCUGUGUUUCUACCAUUGACUCCGCCUGCUAUGUCGGCGAUCAGCAAGCGUAUGGCUUUCACGAGGCUUGUUCUGAACACCACUUGCUCAGAGGUGAGGGCAUUGCUGGAAAGGCUUUCCUUACAAAUCAACCAUGUUUUGCCCAAGAUAUCACUGCCUUCAGCAAAACAGAGUAUCCAUUGGCACACCAUGCUCGGUUCUUCAACUUGUGUGCUGCUGUGGCAAUCCGCCUCAGAAGCACAUACACAGGGACAGCUCACGACUUUGUUCUUGAAUUCUUCUUACCCCUGAAUUGUAAGGCUGCCCAAGAUCAGAAGCGAAUGCUUGAGUCCUUGUCAUACGUUAUACAGCACACUUGCCAGAGCUUGCGAGUCGUCACGGAUCAGGAGUUGGCUCAAGAAACUCCUCCGGCCGAUGGAAAAUAUCCAAAGUCUACAGUUGGGUCGUCUCCAGAGAUAUCAUCUUGGGUUAGACACAUGAUGGAUUCCCAGCAGCAGCAUAAGGGCAAGGGGAUUGUUUCGCUGCAGGAUCAUCCUGAUGAUAAGGAGGAAGAGGAGGAGGAAAUGGAGGGAGGAUUUCGGGUUACAACCCAAUGGGAUGCCCAGCAAAACUUGGAGCAUGAACUAGGUUCUCAGGAUACUGGAAAGUUCAUCCUCGACUCCAAGUCAAGCACAGUCACAGACAAGAGAAGGCCGAAAUCAGAGAAGACUAUUAGCUUACAAGAACUCCGGCAAUAUUUUGCAGGGAGCCUAAAAGAUGCUGCCAAGAGUAUUGGAGUGUGCCCAACCACCCUGAAAAGAAUCUGCAGGCAGCAUGGCAUAACUCGAUGGCCUUCUCGAAAGAUCAAGAAAGUGGGUCACUCAUUGAGGAAACUUCAGUUGGUGAUGGAUUCAGUCCAGGGUGCAGAUGGUUCAAUUCAGCUGAGUUCUUUCUACAACAGCUUCCCGGAACUCGCCUCCUCCGCAAAUGCAGCUGCUGCUGCAACUGGGAGCAGCAGCAGCAGCUUACCCACAUCGUCGAAGACAAGUGAUGAGCUGCAGCAACAGUUGAACACUCAUCCCCUGCUAAGACCUAAAACCACUGCUUCAAAAUCACCUUCUUCCUCCGGCAGCAGCAGCCACAGCCACAACUCCAGCUCAAGUUACUGUUUCUCCACGGGGGCGAACCAGUCAACUUCUUACCCUGUAAAUGUUUCCAGCUGUGGAGAACAGACUCAAGGGGUGCUGCUAAAGAGUGAUGCCGAAUUGCAGGAAUCGAGGACCCAAGGCCAAGAUGGCAAAAACAUUCUUCUCCGAUCUUACAGCAACAAGAUGAGUACUUCUUCCCUGUCACCACCAUUGCCAAAAGCUCUCCCCAACCUGCAGGUGGAAGAUCAUGCAGCAGCAGCAGCCCGUUUAAGGAUAAAAGCAGCGUUUGGGGAAGAAAAGAUAGUUCGAUUCAGUUUGCAAGCAGAGUGGGGGUUCGAAGAAUUACGACAAGAGGUCUUGAAGCGUUUUAACAUAGAGGAGAAGGAUGGCAGGGGCAACAAAGUAGAUGUAAAGUAUCUGGAUGAUGACUGUGAGUGGGUUCUUUUGACAUGCGAUGCUGAUCUUGAAGAAUGCAUAGACAUACACAAAACUUCCCAAAGCCGGACGAUAAAACUAUCCGUCACCCAAUCCAGCUCGUCCUCGUCGUCGUAUCAGCGGCCAAGCCAGGGAAGUUCCUUUGGAUCCACCUAACUGUUAUAUUACUUUUUCUUAUUUAUUUAUGGAGAUCAGAAACCAUACCUGCAGCCACAAUAUUCAGAGAGGAAAUAUAAUUAUAUACACAUACACAUACACAUACAUGUCUUACCUUUUGCUGCUCAAUAGUAUUAGUAGAUCUCUGGUUAACAGGUCAUCCAUCCAGUUAGAACUGAAGUGAAGUGAUGUUACAUCUUCACUUAUUUGUUUUUCAUGCAUUGAACUAUAAGCCUGUUGUAUAUUAUUUAUUAGCAGACUGAACUUGAUUGUAACUUUUGAAUUAGUUUAGUUUGAGUUUAGCACAUCUUCUCA